UGCUAAUCCCUGCUAGGUAUUAUCCAGCUCUCCCCGCUGAGUCCACUUCAUUUCUGGAGUGAAAUAAGGACUGGGAGGUGCGACAAGAAGCUGUCUGUAGCACUCAGUAACUGACUCAAAAAACCACGCCGACCCCCUCUCCUGAUUCCACCGCACCACCACCAUGUUUAAUCUGGGACCCACGGAGGUCGGAUACGUGCUGUUCUCGAUCUACGCUGGUAUCCUCACUGUCGUGAUUGUUAUUUUGGCCUGGGCCACCAUGUGUAGAAAGCCUGUGAAGCAGUGACCCCUUGGGAACCCCUGCACUCUGGAGUGGGGGGGGGGGGGGAAAUGGAGCGCAAUGUAGGUCAGUCCAUAAGAAACGUACAGAAUGAACUGAUCUUCAGAUAGUAGUUAGAGUUGCUUUGAAGAAUAUACACAUCUUGCAUUAAGCGCUUUUAGGAAGUUGACUGGUUGAGGACAAGAUGAAUGGAAUAGCACUACUCUUCUUUUCCAGCUUCGCUUACAUCUGUGCAGCAAUUCCACAAUUCCCUGAACAAGAGAAAGAGCCCAAAUUCUGGAGAGACUGGGCUCAGAGAACCCUCACGAAAGCUCUUUCCCUGCAACGCCUCAACACAAACAUUGCGAAAAAUGCCAUCCUUUUUCUGGGGGACGGCAUGGGAAUUCCCACGGUGACAGCGGCCCGCAUUCUGAAGGGUCAGAUGAAUGGUUUCAGCGGUGAGGAGACACAGCUGGAGAUGGAUAAGUUCCCCCAUGUGGCACUCGCUAAGACGUACAACACAAACGCACAGGUGCCUGACAGUGCUGGGACAGCCACAGCCUACCUGUGUGGGGUGAAGGCAAACGAGGGGACUGUGGGUGUGAGUGCAGCAGCUGUGCGCUCCCAGUGCAACACCACCUUCGGAAAUGAAGUCACCUCCAUUCUGAAAUGGGCGAAGGAUGCCGGCAAAUCAGUAGGCAUCGUCACGACGACACGUGUGAACCACGCAACGCCCAGUGCUGCCUACGCCCACUGCGUGGAUCGUGAUUGGUUCUCGGAUGGGGAGAUGCCCCCUGAAGCCAUUCAGGGGGGCUGCAAGGACAUCGCGCGACAGCUGCUUGAGAACAUCCCGAACAUCGAUGUGAUUAUGGGAGGGGGGCGGAAGUACAUGUACCCCAAAAACACCCCUGAUGUUGAGUACCCCAAUGAAUACAAGGCCAACGGCACUCGACGGGACGGAAGAAGGCUUGUGGAUGAGUGGAAGAGCUCCAAGGGCAAUCAGGCUGCUCACUAUGUGUGGAACAAGAACCAACUGCUAGCUUUGAAUCCACACAAAGUGGACUACUUACUAGGUCUGUUCGAGCCAGCUGACAUGCAAUAUGAUUUAGAACGAGACAAGCAAAUGGAUCCUUCUCUGCCUGAAAUGGUGGAAGUGGCUAUUAAAAUCCUGCAGAAAAACCCAAAGGGUUUCUACCUGCUGGUGGAAGGCGGGCGUAUCGACCACGGGCAUCACGAGGGCAAGGCAAAGCAGGCUCUGCAUGAGGCAGUGCAGAUGGACAUUGCUGUCGGCAAGGCGGGGGUCCUGACCAGUGAGGAGGACACGCUGACCGUCGUCACUGCUGACCACUCCCACGUCUUCACUUUCGGGGGCUACACUCACCGUGGAAACUCCAUAUUUGGUCUGGCGCCCAUGCUGAGCGAUGUGGACAACAAGCCCUUCACCUCCAUCCUAUACGGGAACGGGCCGGGCUUCAAGCUGUCGAAUGGAGAGAGAGAGAACAUAUCCACCAUUGACUACAAACAGAACAACUACCUGGCACAGUCAGCCGUGCCUUUGCAAAUGGAGACCCACGGUGGGGAGGACGUGGCUGUUUUUGCUAAAGGUCCCCUGGCACACCUGCUGCACGGAGUCCACGAACAGAACUACAUCCCCCACGUGAUGGCGUACGCCACCUGUAUCGGGCAGAACACAGAGUACUGCAAAGGGGGCUACCCCGUCCCUUGCGGAGCCAGCUCCCUCACCUCCACACUCAGCAACCUCCUUUCUUUCCUCAUACUCAGCCUGCUGCUGUGCUGGCCCUGAUACUGCUCCUUCACCUCCACACUCAGCAGCCUCCUCGCUCUCCUCGUACUGACCCUGAUACUGCUCCUUCACCUCCACACUCAGUAGCCUCCUCGCUGUCCUCAUACUGACCCUGAUACUGCUCCCUCACCUCCAACUCAGCAGCCUCCUCGCUGUCCUCAUACUGACCCUGAUACUGCUCCCUCACCUCCAACUCAGCAGCGUCCUCGCUCUCCUCAUACUGACCCUGAUACUGCUCCCUCACCUCCACACUCAGCAGCCUCCUCGCUCUCCUCAUACAGACCCUGAUACUGCUCCCUCACCUCCACACUCAGCAGCCUCCUCUCUCUCCUCAUACUGACCCUGAUACUGCUCCCUCACCUCCACACUCAGCAGCCUCCUCUCUCUCCUCAUACUGACCCUGAUACUGCUCCCUCACCUCCACACUCAGCAGCCUCCUCGCUCUCCUCGUACUGACCCUGAUACUGCUCCCUCACCUCCACACUCAGCAGCCUCCUCGCUCUCCUCAUACUGACCCUGAUACUGCUCCCUCACCUCCACACUCAGCAGCCUCCUCUCUCUCCUCGUACUGACCCUGAUACUGCUCCCUCACCUCCACACUCAGCAGCCUCCUCGCUCACCUCAUACUGACCCUGAUACUGCUCCCUCACCUCCACACUCAGCAGCCUCCUCUCUCUCCUCAUACUGACCCUGAUACUGCUCCCUCACCUCCACACUCAACAGCCUCCUCGCUGUCCUCAUACUCAGCCUGCUGCUGUGCAGGCACAGGACUGGGAGUGCAUUCCAAUGCACCUGGACAUUUUAAAGCACAAAAUUUUCUGGGGCUAUUUUAAUCCAACUGGGAAUCAUUGAAAAAUGCUGGAUGGCAGAUAUUGUUGCUCCGAACAUCUGCUGAAUUAAAAUAUGUGAGUUGUGUUUGUGUUGCCAGGACAUUCCUCUGUGAAAAAAACAAAAAGCUGUAUUAGGGGUGGCGUACCUUUCUGUAACGUUUGUUCGUUUUUCCAUACUUUACUAACUGAACCACUCUGUGAUAGAUGAUGGUUUAAAGUAGGCUUGCUACUAUUCUGUUUUUAUUUUUUUGCCAAAUCGACGAUUAAUAUCAAUGUUUAUUUUAGAAAGAAUUUACCGUCUUUAUUUUUCAAUUCAAGCAGAGAAUGGGUGAAAUUGACUUUUAUGCUUAAAAAAAAAAAAAAAGUCUAAUUUAGCGAAACCCUUGAUCAUAUUCAACAUGCAACAAAACCAUGGUUACGUUUGGUCAUAGCUGAGCUAUACAUUUAAAAACUGUCUCAAAUAAAUGUAGUAAACGCAGCAUAUAAAAGUGUAUUACAUAGACCUUUAUAGCAUCAAUUUAUGAGUAAAAAUAAUAUGCACAGAACAAAACAUUAGAUAGUUGAACAGAACUAACUUACACUUAUUAUUCUGCCUUGUCUCAGUCACUGUAAAGGCAAGGCAGACAGGCCUGCUUCGUCCUGCUGUGGAGACGUCAGCCGUCGGCCAGGGUAUUGUGCACAAUAUUCAUUAAGUGUUUUUCUCUUGCGCCCCAUUUUCAAGUCAAACUAGUAACUGUCACCGUUUACCUAAAGCAAAAGCUUAUGUACACCUUAAAUGAAAGAAUUCUAGCACUGCUUCAGUAAACGAGAUCUGUCAGAACAGGCUGAAACUAUAGUACUAACGGACCACUGAGGUGACUGACAGUGACCCCCAGGCAUUCAGAGCGUAAUGGAGACGUGACAGACAGCAAGUAUAAAAACUACACAAACUAGAGAGGAUUUCUAAAUGAUUAUUUUUGGGUAAGAAAAUAAAAAAUAGCAAGUGGUUUUACCAAAGUUAUUGUAUAUAAAUUUAUUUCUGUCUAACUCAUGUUUUUGGGGAAUUCGAUGUUUAACAAGCUUUACCGAUUAAUAUUGAAAAGUAGCAAGCCUACUUAUAAGGGAUAUAGAAUUAAAUCUGUGUUAAAAUGGGCUAACAUGGGAUACAUCAAUCUAGUUCACCAGACAAAUAAGUUUGGUGUGAUGGUCCAAAUCUAAAGUGACUUACGAGUGUGUUAAAAAAAAAAAAAUCAGGUUUUAAAUGAUGAGCAUUGCAGGAAAUGUCAUUGUGAGAAAUUCAUUGAAGGAGGCAAAUGUAUUGGCUUCAUCAGUGUUUGUCUACUUGAAUUCAUGUGAAUGGCCAAGCCCUCAAUUAUUUCUAACUUAAUGAUCCUGAACAACGAACCAGAGUUGACAGAGGAAAUAUUACUCAAGAAAUAUCCUGAAAGGAAAAGAAUAUAAAAAAAUAUUGCAAGACCUUAUGCUUUGCCCCGUGAUUGGGCAUUCUCAGGGAUGUUGUGUUAUUCACCACCCCUUGUAUGGAAACUCCACCAAUACCGACAAAGCUCCUCCCAUCCUGCCACCCCACUCAGUUCUGAUUUGUUAGUCAGUUUCUGUUGAUGCGCUACGAAGGCGAAGCAGUUUGUACUGAUGCUAGCAACCAGACAGCCCCCACAUUGCUAGUAGUUGGUGUUGCUGCUGAAGUAGCAUCUAAACCUGAAAACAUAGACAUACAGUAAAAGCUGAUCGCUAUGGAAAUUGCAUCGUCCAUACCUAAACAAUUUGGUGUAUACAGUAUCUAGGUACCACAUUCGAGAGGCUCUCCAACUUAACAAAGGUUUUUUUUUUUUUUUAACAAAUAUAUUCAAUCAAACUGGUACAAAUGCUACUGCACACUUACCAUUUUAAGUUCCAGUAUUACUGGUUAUAUACGGUUUUAUGUGUAAUUUGUAUUGCAGUUGUUAUACAUUUUUUAAAUAAAUAUAUUACCCAAAUAAAUCUUGCCACUACGUCCCCCUCCCCCCCCGCUCUGAUCAGCAUUCAGAUAAGGUGGAAAUUAUAUUUUGUAUGUCUUAUGUAGUGUGUUUAACAAUAAAAACAAUAUAUUUGCAAA